GCGGAGCCCCGGCCUGUUGUUCCUCCGGGCCGCCUCCGCCCGGGAGCGAGCGGGCCUCCCACCCCGCGGGAGGCUGGGACAGCCGUUACCGGCGCGAAACGCUGAAACCUGCUAACAGCUUCUCGGGAGCAUCGUCUUUUAGGCCGGAGGUUCAUUGAGCAAAGUUUUGGGUUAGAAAGAGGGGAAAUUCACAUCGGAGAGCUGAUUGUGCCGCUUCCUGGCCCCCCAGCUUGCAUUAGCAGCUGCCGUAGGAACCAGCAUUAUGGAUCCAAGUCUCUUGAGAGAACGGGAGCUGUUCAAAAAACGAGCUCUUUCCACUCCUGUAGUAGAAAAACGUUCUGUAUCUUCUGAAUCAUCUUCAUCAUCAUCAAAGAAGAAGAAAGCGAAGCUAGAACAUGGAGGAUCAUCAGGCUCUAAACAAAAUUCUGAUCAUAACAAUGGAUCAUUUAACUUGAAAGCUCUAUCAGGAAGCUCUGGAUAUAAGUUUGGUGUUCUUGCUAAGAUUGUGAAUUACAUGAAGACACGGCAUCAGCGAGGAGAUACACAUCCUCUUACUUUAGAAGAAAUUUUGGAUGAAACACAACAUUUAGAUAUUGGACUCAAGCAGAAACAAUGGCUAAUGACUGAGGCAUUAGUCAAUAAUCCCAAAAUUGAAGUAAUAGAUGGAAAGUAUGCCUUCAAGCCCAAGUACAACUUGAAAGAUAAGAAGGCCCUACUUCGGCUUUUAGAUAAGCAUGACCAGCGAGGCUUAGGAGGAAUUCUUUUAGAAGACAUUGAGGAAGGACUGCCCAAUUCCCAGAAAGCUGUCAAGGCUUUAGGGGACCAGAUACUAUUUGUAAACCGUCCUGAUAAGAAGAAAAUUCUUUUCUUCAAUGAUAAGAGCUGUCAGUUUUCUGUGGAUGAAGAGUUUCAGAAACUGUGGAGGAGUGUCACUGUGGAUUCAAUGGAUGAGGAGAAAAUUGAGGAGUAUCUGAAGCGACAGGGUAUUUCUUCCAUGCAGGAAUCUGGACCAAAGAAAGUGGCUCCUAUUCAGAGAAGGAAAAAGCCAGCUUCACAGAAAAAGCGACGGUUUAAAACUCACAAUGAGCACUUGGCCGGGGUGCUGAAGGACUACUCUGACAUCACUCCUGGCAAGUAGUGGACAGUUUUGUCUGAGAGCAAAGAGUUACAAAGUCAAGAUCUUCCUUGUUGACGCUGGGAUCUGAAGACUGACCGUCUUCCCAUUCUACUUCUUAGGACCGAGGACAGGAGCAGUUCAGUUUACAGAACUAGUGCAAAUUACCAAACUUGAAGCUUAUUUUCAUUAAUGGGCUAAUGAGAAAUGUUAUGUCCCCUGUUAACCUCCUUCUUGGGGGAAAGGCGCUCAGCAUGGCAUACAGGUGACUUUGCUAUUUAUCUCUACUUCUAAGUGGUUCCUGGUUCCAUUUUCCUUUUCAUUACCUUAGAACAGGUUUGCCGAUAGUCUUGAAUGCAGUAUUUGUUUAUUCCAAAAGAGCAUAUUUAUAAUAAAAUCGUUGUAGAAGGAGCUCUGAGA